GCAUGAAACAAAUGACCUCAUACCAUUGAACUUUGCAUCUGUUGACAGAAUAUAAUUUAAUGUCAUAUUGAGCAACAGAUCUAUUCUCUGUUUUUGAUAUUAUUCUUUUUUCAUGAUACUUUUUAAAUUUAUGUUUUAAAAAUAAAUUUCCCAUGAAAAAUAUUGUGACCAAAAUACUUUGAUUUACAGAUUAUGGAUGAUUGGCCAGGGUAUGAUUUGAAUUUAUUCACAUACCCACAGCACUAUUACGGAGAUUUGGAAUAUGCCCUCAUACCUCACGGCAUCAUUGUGAACAGAAUUGAGCAUCUGGCUAAGGACAUUAUGAAAGAGAUAGGACACUGUGACAUUAUGGUCCUGUGUGUGCUGAAAGGAGGUUACAAGUUCUGCAUGGAUCUUGUAGAAUACCUGAAGAACACUGGUCAAAAUUCAGAUAGAUUUGUCUCUGUAAAGGUAGAUUUCAUCAGAGUAAAAAGUUACAGGAACAGCCACUCCAUGGACGAGAUGCAGAUAAUUGGAGGCGAUGAUCUCUCAUCACUGGCUGGAAAGAAUGUUCUCAUUGUUGAGGAUGUUGCUGGAACUGGGAGAACCAUGGAAGUGCUCACAGUAAUAGAGAAAUACAAGCCCAACAUGAUCAAGGCAGCCAGUUUGUUGGUGAAGAGAACACCUAGCAGUGAUGGCUUUAGACCCUACUAUGCUGGUUUUGAGAUUCCAGACUUGUUUGUGGUGAGUUACACCUUAGAUUACAAUGAAUACUCCAGAGAUCUGAAUGUAAGUCUUGCAUGCAAAUCCUUAACCUUCUUUUCAUAAGAACUUAACAGUUACAUCAACAAAUUAUUGAACUAGUAAUGAUGGCUGCCACAUAGUAUCUUCAGGAAUAUUCUGCAGUAUUCUGGAAUAUUCAGAAAUAUUCUGGGCACUUUGCAUUCAUAAUCUCAAUGAAUUAUCACCACUACCUUACAAGGUAGGUAUUAGAAUAGUGGAAACAAUUACGAUUAUCUCUACUUUGUACUAAAGAAAUAAAGAAGCUGAAAGCAGAGUGAUGGCUUGAUACUGAUUUUUCUCUUAGUCAUUGACUAUGUCCAUCAAACCAUGGUAAUAGUCAAUAUUCUAUAAACUGUUUUGUGUCAGUGCUUGAAAUCUAGCAAGUACCAAUUACUGUUGCAUGCAGCUCAUAACUAUUCCCCCCUUUGGGAGAACUGAUUUCAACAUAUACACACGGAUCCUCAGUGUAGACCCCCAGCUAUGCAACCCUGACCAUUGCUGAGUGAUCUAGAGACAGACAACUUACCAACAUGGACCAAUCAGUCUCUCCUCUAUCCUCAACCAAGAGUUACAGAGAAUGAGGGUUUGGUAUCUUAAGCCACUAAAUAGAGGUGCCCCAGAGAAUAGCCCCCAGCUCCAUGGGCUGAGGUCUAGAGCUACCCUUGUCUUGCCUUCCAAUUGCUUCAUUGAAACUGCUCAGCUCUUUCCUUGCUUCUGUGAACUAUUCCAGUGUCCUGCCAAUAAAGCCUUUCAUUUUUUAUCACAUUAGCCUGACUCCACCUCUGUUGCUUGCAAUCAAAAUAUUCUAGACACA